CGGGUGUCGCGGGUGUCGCGGGCGGAUCAAGGGGGCCGCACCGGUGUGUUGCUCACGCUGCCAUGGGCCACGGCAGAACACGAAGAGGAUGGACCUUCAAGAGGCCCUGCUCUUCACGGUCUUGCCAUGUGUCGACGACGAGGCAGAGCUGCCACUGGUGUUGCAACAGCUGCGACAAAGACGGUUGAAGGAAGCCCGCGCAGCGUUGGAGACGUGGCUGGCUUCGUCGCUGCUGCAGCAGCGCCAGGGGAAGGAGGCCACGAAGAGCUCGGCGGACGUUGGCUCGCCGGGUCAGAAGCGGGAGGUCGACGUGCCCUCCGCGCGCCCGAAGACGGGCGCCAGGCCCUCGCCGCGCUGUUCGGUCACCUCGCCCUGUUCGGACCCGGAGCUCGAGGUCACCUGGACGUGGACCUCGACGGGUUCCGCGCGCCGUCCUUGGGGCGGGUGCCGUCCUGCGGGCGGAGUCGAGCUGAAGGAGGUGACAUCCAUGAGGAACGCGGGUGGAAGAGGGCACGCAGAGUGCCGGUGCCCGAGCGUUCAUCGCUUCGACUUCGAAAGCGAGGAUGCUGUCGUAGAUGCUGUCGAGCAUCGGCGUUCAGAGGUUCAUGUGGAUGCAGGCGUGGAUGCACCUGGGAUGCGAGCGCAGCACAAGCAGCUCAGAAUCGAAGGCGAAUGCUUAGAUCACCCCUACUUUCCCAGCCAUGUUUUCUUGUCCAACAGGUGCCAUGAACGUACAGGAGGAGCAGGUGCAAGUGGUGUGCAGGCACAAGAAACCUGUGCAAACCAACAUUGCACGAUUGCGCAAGAAGCUCUGAUGAGACAAGAUGAAGAGGAUUCUCCAAAUUGUACCGAUGCACAUGGGGCAAAGAUGCAAAGCCAUGAACACGCUGCGCAUUCCGUACAAGGAGUACAAGUUGAGGGUACACCUUCCAUUGGCACAGGGCAAGUGGUCUCGAAUUCGGCUUCGACUGAUGAUGGACCUCCGACCUUCGGCAAUAUGAGUGCUGUGUGUUGUUUGCAGCCCUUGGCGGACGUGACCCCUUCCAAGCAAAGACUGCCUUUUCAUUUUCCUGUGCCAAGUAUGUCAGCCGGCACUCAUGGUGGUCGUAAUGAUGUUGCGAGAGGAGUUGGAGGUGACAUUGCGACCACGGGUCAAGAAUGUCACAGUGAUAACAGGGAGGACGCUAUGUCGGGCCCAAGUACAAGCAAUACAGAGGCUGGUACACCCACAGUUGGCACACAUAAUAUGCUGUCCAAGCGUGUCCGACUCCAUUCUACACCCAGCAUUGUAGAAGGUCAACGCUGUGUAGAUGCCCAGUAUCUUUCCUGUGGUGAUCAUUCGGCGAGCAAGUGCGAAGGAGCAGGCACGAGUGCGAAGCAGCAACACGGGACCGGUGCGGAAGCAGCUUCGACCAGAGAAGAGGACUAUGGAGAGGAGGGACUUGCAGAGGGACUUGCACCAUCCAGAUUCCGACAGGCUGACAAGCCGAUCACAGGUGAACGACCGAUGAGCUUCGACCUACCUGGGCUGGUCGCUGAGGAGCCCGGCGCGGAGCCGGACGCGAUGCUGCUGGUGCCAGGUGGGCGCGGAGGUCUCCGACACCACAGAACGAGCAGCCGAGAGGGCGGCCGUGAGCGAUCGCUCAGCAGCGCUCCGACCACCAGCCCCGUGUCCACCGCGGCGGACGCGGACCAGGUGGAUGAAAAGGCUGAAAGUCCGGACGGCGCGGGCCGUGCGACGCCCGAAGUGCUGGAAGCACCCGUACCUGCCGGUGAAGCCACUGCGUCCGCAGACCUGUGGCCAUGGCCGAACCCGCGCGCACCACACGCGCGGCGGGCCAGUACUGGAGCAGUGCGGCCGCGGCCACAAGCGUUGGAGCUGGACUUGGAGGCGCCACGGACCGGCUCCGAGCCGCGCCGCCGCGCGGGCUCCGAGGAGCUGUGGCGCCCUGUCGCGUCGACGCCAGGACGACGGCACAGUGGACCGUCGAGGGUGGAGGGGAACGUGGCGCAGAAGGUCGCCGUGUACGAGGCCUUCCGGAAGAGCUCGCCGCGCAGGGCGGCCUCGGAGGCUUCGGCGGGCUCCGGUAGCUCCGGGGGCUCCGGGCGCUCCGGCCGGGGCGGCUCAGGAGGCGGCGCGGAGGAAGCCAGUGCUCCUGGCAGCCCGACGGAGCGGUCGAAGCAGUGGGUCUUGGACUGUUUAGUGGAUGCAGGCGCUUUGCAGGUGCUGCAGAUGGGAGAACGCGAGGAGGCGGAGCAAGGCCAGUUCGGCCGCGAGACGAUGGAACUGGAACCGGUGGGCAAAACGUGGACUGGAAGCUCCAUGCGGAGUGACGAGGCCAGUACGCCUUCCCACCCUGUGGGCAGCCCAGAGAUGAUUCUGAAGCUGCAGGAGCAGUUGAGACUGCAAAGCUCAAAGUUCCAGUCCGAAAAUGAAGAGCGAAAGGAGCUGGAACUCAGACUGCAACAGCAUGAGGAGGCCUUGGACGCCUUGCGCCACCUGGAGGCACAGCUUGGGCCAAAGAAGGAGAAAGAGGAGGCAGGAGUAGAAGCAACGAAAGAACAGAAGGAGACGGAGGACAAACGCAAGGAGAAGGCAGAGAAACAGAAGGCCUUUGCGCAGAAGAAAGCGGAGGAGGCACCCAAAGAAGAAGCCAAGAAGGAGAUGGAGGAGAAGGAGAAGAAGGAGGAGAAAAGCCAGCAAAAGGGGAAAUGCCAGGACAAGGGGAGCAAAGGCAAAGGCAAAGGGAACCCUCCCAAAGGGAAGGGCAAAGGCGAAGGAUCUGUGGAGCCCCGGAUGCCGGAGGUUCCACUGAAGAUUGCGAUGAAGAAGCUCUUUUGGAAUCCUUUGAAGCUGGGAAAGACCGCCUCAGUCUGGGAGCGGAUCUACGAGCGUUACGCGGAGAGGAUGCAACACCCGGACUUCGACCCCACGACCGGAAGCCACUUCGACCGGAUGGAGCUGGAAGCCCACUUCGCAGAGGCCCUCGGUGGAUCCUCGCCCCAAAAGACGCGGGCCUCGCUCGCGCCGCUCACGAACCACCGACGUGUCUUGGAGGAGAAGAGACGACGGGAGCUGUGGUUCAUGCUCGCCUUGAUGCCCGGCAGCGACCAGCUCCUGAGGGCCGUGGCCUACAUGGACGACGAGAUCCUGAAGCCCGACAAGGUGGAACUCUUGCAGAUGAAUCUUCCCACCGCUGCGGAUGUGGAGUUGAUCGAAACCUCACUGAUGAACAGCCCCCUGGCGGAAGGUGAGACCUGGGAUGUUCCAGAAGAGUUCGCCUUGUCCAUCUCCAAGAUCCCGCAGUACGCCACACGGGUGAAGAUGUGGAGCUUCCUGAACUCCGUGGGCGCGGCCAUCGCACGCUUGCGCCUGGCACAGAAGGAGCUCUUUGAGGCUGCGAAGGUGCUUUUGACGUCCGAGUCCUUGGAGAAGAUCUUGGGCUUGGUGCUCUUCGUGGGGAAUUACCUGAACGGCGGCACGGCGCGGGGAAGGGCCGAUGGCUUCGACCUCGAGGCGCUGCCGAAGUUGGCCAAGCUCCGCGGCAGAGGACAUGAUACGCUGCUGGACUUCUUGGUCUCCCAGGCGGAGAGGGCUUGCCUGGUGCAGCUGUUUGAGCCUGACCGGGAACUGGAGGUGCUGCGUCGCGCCCGGGCGCACGCCGUGGCCGACGCGGUGGAGGAGACGAAGAGCUGGAUCAGUCAAGCCGAAGGCUUUUUGCCCCACGAGGCUCCGAGUGAGGCUCCAAUGCGCAUGCGCCAGGAGCAGGUCCAGAAGAGUUUGGGAGAGCUUCAGGAGGUCUUGGCCACGUUUGGAGAGUGGCAAGAGAAAUACGAGGAACUUUGUCAAUGGUUCCAGAUGCAGGAUGUCCGGCAGCGGCCCUCGGAGGAGUUCUUUAGCCUUUGGGAGAGUUUCCUGAGUGACUUGAAGAGAGCCUGGGAAGGUUAUCAGCGAGCGCAAGAAGCCAAGACACCUCGAAGGUCGAAGUCCUUACCACCGAGGCGGCGCAGCGCUCCAAUCCUCUCAGCACCCCACGGAGUGCAAGGCAGCAAGACGCCCUGCUCCUCCCCACGCUUUGCGGGCGGAAACUGCGACGUGCGCUACGUGCGGUACCCCCGCCGGCGCACUGCCAUUGGCAGUGCUAGUUGGGCAGAUCCUCCCGAAGGGCUCGCUGGGCUCACCGGGCUCGCUGAGAAGGAGCCCGCUUAGGUGGCCAGCUUUCUUAAAGAAAGGUUGGGCUCGAUUGAGAGAGCAAAGCAGGCGGAGCCGCCUAGAAUUGGUUCGACGCGCAGGGCUUCUGGGUGAGGAGGUCUGGCUUUGAGAUCUACGAAGA